GCAAGACUUAUAGCUGCAUAAAUAGCGAUGUAACUAAAGUGAUUUUGAAGAGGCUAGUGAGAAAGAAAAGAAAAAUAAUGGAAGUUCCAGAAGCAAGUAGGAUCCUCAUUUUUGGGGGAACUGGAUACAUAGGAAAAUACAUGGUGAAGGCAAGCAUCAAGCUAGGACACAAAACUCAUGUCUACACUCGCCCCAUCACUCAACAAACCAGUCCUGCCAAGCUAGACUUGCACAAGGAGUUCGAAUCCAUGGGUGUUACCAUUGUUCAGGGAGAAUUAGAAGAACUUGAGAAGAUGGUAGAAGUACUUGGUCAAGUAGACAUUGUGAUCUCUGCUCUUGCAUAUCCUCAGGUUCUUGACCAGCUCAAGAUAGUAGAUGCCAUCAAAGUUGCUGGUAACAUAAAGAGGUUCCUGCCAUCAGAUUUCGGGGUUGAAGAAGACAGAGUGGCUCCUCUGCCUCCAUUUGAAGCUUUCUUGGACAAAAAGAGAAAAAUUCGAAGGAUUGUGGAAGAGUCUGGGAUCCCUUACACCUUUGUAUCUGCAAACUGCUUUGGUGCAUACUUUGUCAAUUACCUGCUUCAUCCACACGAAGAGAAAGAUGAGAUAACUGUCUAUGGAACUGGCGAAGCCAAAGCUGUGUUCAACUAUGAAGAAGACGUGGCAAUGUACACAAUCAAAGUGGCAAACGACCCAAGAACCUGCAAUCGGGUCGUAAUUUAUCGUCCGCCAAGAAACGCCAUAUCACAGCUUGAAUUGAUUUCUCUAUGGGAAAACAAAACGGGACGGCGUUUCAAGAGGGUUCACUCGUCGGAAGAAGAACUCGUGAAACUUACAGAAAGUUUGCCGACUCCGAAGAACAUUCCGCCGGCCAUUCUUCACAGUCUGUUCGUAAAGGGGGAGUUGAUGAGCUUCGAGAUUGAAGACGAAAUUGAGGGUUCGAGUCUGUAUCCAGACUACAAGUACACCGCCAUUGAUGAACUUCUUGAGCUUUUCAUCGUUGAUCCUCCUAAGCCUGCAAGUGCUUCAUUUGAGUGAAUCAGUUCUGGCUUUUCUGUUUCACCGUCUCCAUGAUACCGGACUUUUUCGUGGUGGGAUAUCCAUAUAAUAAAAUAAAUAAAAACUGAAU